AUGUCCAAAGAAGUGAUUUUCAGGGAUAUAAAUCCCCAGCAAAAGCAACAACUUAUCGACAGACAUCGGCAACUCAACCGUCGAAUCACCCGUGAUUCGCUUGGUUCAUUCACAUCUUCUGCUUUGGCUAUCUUCAUGCCAUGGAGUCUUUUAUCAGUUGGCAUGAACUUGACAAAUUUGAUUCGCCACGUUCAUCAAAUUCGUGACCUUCAGAAAGAACUGGCCUCUGCAGGAAUCAAAGUUCAAAAACGCGUUAUCGUACAGGGGCUCAUUGAGGGUGCUGUUGUCAAGCUCAGCACGACUUUCCUCCUUUUCGGGCACGAUGAUCUGGUCCUAGCUACUGAUUUUAUGGACGAUAGAAUAGCCAAAGCUGGAGACUGGAUUGCAAACCACUCGAGCAUCAUAUUUGAAGCACCGCUACCGAGUACACAAGACAUCAUUCUUGAAGACGAGGUCCAUCGAAUGUCCCACGCGAUAAUUGAGGAGGCGUCUGACCUGGCAAGCCAACCUACGGAGAACACGCAAGAGAUUUUGGGGGUUAGUUCAGCACAACAACUUCAUGAGCAAGGGAUCUCCAGUGGAUGGGAAGCCCCGGUUGAACAAGUAGUUCAGCAAGUGGUCCUCGUCGGCGCAGUGCAAGCUGCAACCGAGAAAGCAUCCGAUAAGAUACUCGAGCAUCCGGUCGACCGAACAUUGGACUCUAUUACGGGUAGAAUAGACGCCAUCAAUAGCGCGAAAGAACUACCCGAGGAUAACCCCCCUGCAUUACCACCACGUCCGAUCCCGAACAAAAUAUAG